AUGAGUAAUGAUAGCAAGAAAGCUGCUACCAAGGAAGCGAUGGUGUUGCUUGAGAAGCACCAUAUUAACAAAUGCACAGGUGUUAAUAAUGUGCCUAUCAACACAUUCCACGACAUGCAUGUCACUCUCAAAUCUAUCUCUAACAAACUCACAGUGCUGUCAGCUCGUACAGGAUGCUAUAGCCUCUUAAUAGCAGUGUGUGGUGACACUGAUCAUUACUUGUGUCCCUUUGUAUACAUGUCGGAUGACCAUAUUGGAGACUAUUUCCAGCUUGCCCUGCAACAGGCACCCACUGAUGUGGCCACUCACCUCAAAGUGCAUUGUUUAUCUGGGGUCACUGGUGUUGUCCAAAACUACAAGCAGGCUCUUAUUGAUCUCAAAGCGCAAACAAGUUCAUUGAUCAUCAAACGACUUCGCAACCCUGGAGACAUUGGCUCGCACACUGAAGUCAAGGUACUCAACAGCGCAUGGAAAACAGGGACUGCAAAAUUCUGGAAGAUGUCAAAGGCUGAGUUUGAGCAGUGGGACAAAGAUAGGUUCCAGCAGAAAUUGCUUGCUGAUUCGGAAGGCUCCAUUAAUAUCACCCAGUCUUCACCCAUAAUGGAGGUGCCUGCAUUGUACUGCCCACUAACAAAACAACAAGUCAUCCGCCAGAAAAUUUGA